AUGGCUCCGCCUGGCCAUGCUGCUAGCGUUCCGAACGUCCCAGGUCGCAAGGUCGAAGAUCCACAGCAACUCAGCUACCUGCGAAACCAUGUUCGCGAUCUCUGCGGUCUCAAGCAUGCUCGUUUCCCCGGUGCACAACCCGUCUCGUUCGAAAAAGCUUCGAUAGACCUUCUCCAGUCAGAAGACUACUGGGUCUGCGAGAAGUCCGACGGGCAGCGCGUUCUCAUCCUCAUUGUCACGCCUUCGUCUACGGGCAUACAAGAGGUCUUUCUCAUCGAUCGGAAGAACGAAUACUACAAGGUCGAAGGUAUCGUCUUUCCGCAUCACCUGCCCAAAGACAACAGCAUGCGCAAUCACACGCUUAUGGAUGGAGAGCUCGUCAUUGAUACGGAUGCAAGCGGCAAGAAGAAGCUCGUUCUGCUCUUAUUUGACCUCAUUGUGCUGGACCGUGAGCUGCUCGCGAACCGCCCAUUGAGCAAACGUUACGGACGUCUCAAAAUCUAUGUCUACCCACCGUACGUUGACUACCUCAAACGCAACCCUGCAGCUGCCGCUCUACGCCCCUUUGAUGUGCAGGUCAAAAACAUGGAUUUAGCAUACGGCAUUGACAAGGUGCUGUACGAGACAGUGCCCAAUCUACUGCAUGGCAACGACGGUCUCAUCUUUACCUGCCUCAACAGCGGAUACAUGAUGGGGACCGAUCCCAAGAUUCUCAAGUGGAAGCCGCCAAACGAGAACACGAUUGACUUCAAGCUGAUUCUGCGCUUCCCGCCAGAUCUGGACCGUGACCCUCGCGGCAACCUGCCAAAUCUGUCGGUGAUGCCCUUCUUCGAGCUGCAUCACUAUCUCGGAAAUUCCGAAAGCGAAGACUACGAAUUCUUCGACGAGCUGUGGGUCGAGCCAGAAGAAUGGAGACAGAUGGUCGAAUCCGGCGAGCAAUUUGACGACCGAAUCGUCGAAUGCGUGUGGAUGGUCGACCCAAAACCAGCGACCGAGCCAUAUCUUUCGCAAGGACUGUCCCUACCACCAAGAUGGAGGAUGAUGCGCAUCCGUAAUGACAAGCAUCACGGCAACCAUUGCUCUAUCGUUCAAAAGAUUCUCAAGUCUAUCCACGAUGGUGUUGAUGCCGACGAGCUUGUUAGAGCGGCACCUGCGAUUCGUGCAGCUUGGAAAACACCGGAGAGAGAGAAACGGCGACAAGAAGCAGGACAAGCACCUGCGCCUGUAUCCGCUUCGAGUCAAUCACAAGCUACAGCACUCAAGACGAAUGGUACUCAACCGUACGAUCCAUCCUUGCCGUUUGGUGGCAUGGCAUAUCAAGGUAUCAGGGGAAAGGCACCUCCGCUCGUUUCGGGCGGCCCAACUGGUCUGAUCCGCAGAUAA